AUGUUGUUUCAAUACUUUGUUUGGGCUGCUAUAGCCGCAAUCGGACUUGCGACGACGGCUAACGUGCCCUCUGAAAAGACCUACGAGCCAAAUCCGCCCGUUACACACAAUGUUUUCUUCACGCUUGAAUACACUGAUAAAGAAACUCAAAAGCCCAAAGAGUUCGACGUAACGAUCGAAUUGUAUGGAACUGUGGUGCCAAAAACCGUAGACAACUUCGCCAAAAUCGCCAAGGGUGUGACAGCCGUGAUGAAGGGUAAAGACGAGGUCAAUGAUCGCUUCACCCUGGGCUACAAGGACACCGUUUUCCACCGUAUUAUUCCAGAUUUUAUGAUCCAAGGUGGUGAUGUUCUACCAACUGUGGGUCCAUUCAAUAUCCACGGGAAACAGUUCUUUGAAGACGAAAACUUUGAUCUGAAGCACGAUAGACCUGGAAGAUUAUCCAUGGCCAAUCUCGGUAAAGAAGACACCAACGCUUCCCAGUUUUUCAUUGUAACCUGCUUGGAUCCGUUGGAAAGUCUAGAUGGUAAGAACGUUGUUUUUGGUCAAGUUGUUGCUGGAUUGGACGAGCUAAUUGACAAAGUGCAACAUGUGGAAACUAAUAAGGACGACAGACCUUUGCACGAUGUCAAGCUCAAGUAUACGAUCGUGGAAGAGCUGAAGAUUACGGCACCUGAGGAGCUGCAUAAGCAGUGGUUGGUUAAGAUUCAGAAAUAUCAAAAUGGUGACCUUUCUCAAGGUGUGACUAUGGCAUCAACCAAAGCUGUUGGCAAGAAAGAGGAAAGCAUUAUGAAGGAAUUGAAAUACGAGCAAUUGCACCAUCCUGCUGUGAAAGUGGCUAUCGGGUUCUCUGUUCUGCUUGCUCUGUACUUGAUCCUCAGAACUAGAAGCCGUAUUUUCAAUAAAACUUCCAAAAUUGUGUCCAUGAGGCAUGAUUGA